AUGCAAACCCCAAACUUUCGCAACUUCCGACGCCCUCGUGGUGCUGCGAUGGGGUCGGGAUUGAACCUUCCAAGCCAGCGAGCUCUCUUCUCUGCCACCACUGACUUGCGAUCGCUAGUUUUCAUUCGGCGAGUCAAGGAACUGGGCAAGGUGUGGGAUUUCCUCAUGCUUGGGAUGGCAGUCUAUCAUCUGACCGUCACUCCAUUCAAGAUCAGUUUUUCACCUGCGCUUAUUGAAUUGUCUGAGGAAACACUACAGUGUUGGUCGGCCAUGGAGAUGUUCUUGGACGUGUUGUGCGGGGUUGACGCUGUCUAUCAGUUGCAGUGUGCUUCGGUGAUGCAGAAGAAUGUCUUCUCGGCCGCAAACUCGUCGAAAGGCGGUCUCGGCCACGCACUUACUGCUAACCCGGAACUGCGAGCGUAUAUUGUCGCGUUGCUACCCCUCGAGCUUCUCCUUCUUGCUACCAACGUGCGUGUACCCAUUUCGAAUUCUUCCGUAUCGCACACUGAUGCAUCUUGGUGGACCACCCGCUGGCUUCUUCGAAUGAAUCGCAUCUUGCUCCUUCGUCGAAUCGGUCCAUUGUCGGAGCAGCUCUUUCAGUUUAUUGUACAUGACCUCAAGCUUCCUAUCAGCGAAGAACUGCUCUACUUUGCGAGAGGGGUAUCGUCCUACCUUGCCACUGGUCAUCUCCUCGCGUGCAUUUGGUUCGUCACCAGUGAGACAGGCUUUCACCAGUAUGGGACGUCAUGGCUGGCCACUUCAGGCAUGUUGACGUACAUUUCGGACGGCGCGACAGUCGUGGAGCACACUGGUCGAAUGCUAAGCCAGAGCGCAAGCACCUUCUCUUUGGAAAGUGUGUCACUUGUUCGGAAGUACCUUCGGUCGCUCUUGUUCUCGAUCGAGUGCAUCUCAACGCUGUUUUACGGCGAUAUCUUGUCGAUGAACCCAUUGGAGCUGGUGGCCGAGAUUGCCAUCACGUUCUGGAGUAUCUACAUCUACGGCGCGCUGGUUGGUGCCCAAGCUGAGCUGCUGGAUGCACGUGCAAAACGAGAGGCCAAGUUCGAGCAGCGACUGGGAGAACUACACCACUACGUGCUGCAAAAUGACGUUCCCAAGACUCUAAGACGGCAGAUUAAAGCUUACUACGCUCGUCUGUGGGUUCGAGGGCGUGGCGAGAGCGAGUUCUCUUCGGUUAAAACGGUUUCGCGUGUCUUGUAUGAAGACGUGGUUUCUACUGCGCUCCGUCACUUUGCUGCUCAAGUCAAGGCUUUCCGAGGGCUUGAAGACCAUUUCUUACGAGCGUUGCUCGUCUGCUUGCAGUAUGUCGUGUGUGACGAAAACGAAGAGAUUGUCAUGAAAGGUGAUGUGGACCGAAGCAUGUACUUUAUCGCUCAGGGGCGAGUUCUAGUCAAGACGGACGCAUCGGAUGUUACUCGGGAGCGAGGCGAGUAUUUCGGGGAGCUGACGCUGCUUUACGGUAUCUCACGGCUGGAAACGUGCGUAGCUCUCACUGUAGCUGAGCUGUAUCGACUGGAUCACGAACCGUAUGCGCGUCUGCUGCUAGAAUUUCCAGAGUAUCGAGCUCGCAACAGGCUUUCGUGGACUACAUGGUGCCUACCACAGCCGAGAACUUGGAGGCCCGACUGCAGUUCUCGUUUGUACUGA